GAAGAUGCAGUUGACUUCAAAAAGUGCGAGAAGAUGCUGACAGAGGCCAAGUCAUGCCAAGACAGAAUGGAGAAGGACAUGUACAAGCUGAAGCCACGCAUCGAGACAGCCAAAGACAUGGAGAUGCUGGCACAGUUGAAGAAGCUGCUUACUUCUGUGGUUGCCCAAAAGAAGGAUGUGGAUUAUGUGCUGACAUGGCAGGAGUUGCCAGGCGAUGAUGGAGUGAAGCUGACACAUGCAAGCUUCAAGGCAUGGAUGCACCACCUGGCGACACAGACUGAGCAGAACCAAGAGGGCAUUGAAUCUCUGAAAGCAGUCCUCAAAGCAAGGAAGCUGUAG